AUGGCCAAUACAAAUCCUAUCAAACUUAAGUGUGGUUUUCAAGAUGGGCAGGAUGAAAAAAAUUUCGUGAUUGAGCUUUGCAAGGAAGAUAAGGUUUUCACUCUCAAAUCUUCCGUUAAAACUUUAUUAUUAAAUCAAGACCCUACAUGUACAACAGAUACAGUUGCCGUUGUUAACAACUUGAAUGUGUUGGAAAGUCAAAUUAUUGAUAAAAAUAAUAGUUGUACUUUCCUGGAGCCAUCUCAUGAAAAAGAGGUCAUUGCAAAUACCUCACAGGACCAUGCUCAGAAAUGUAUUGGGAAUUCUAUUGUAAAUUUAAAAGUAUCACAUGAUAUAAAAAUAGUUAAUGAUCAAGAUAAAUCAGCGGAAGAAGUGAGUAUAGUAACCGAAUUCGUUCAAGCAUCAAAAAACUUGCCAAUUCAUUCUGUCAAGCGAAUGUUGCAGGGAAAAACGAUCAUAACAAAACAGGCAGAAAUAACAGCUUGGCGUUUAUUCUCUGAAAGAUUCAAAGAUAUGGUCGUGAAGCUUAGAUCCAAAGAUAAGAAACUUGCAGAUAAGACUGUAAGAUCACAAAUUUACACUGAAAUGAGGCCAUAUCUUACAGGCAUUUCUGAUGGAUAUUUAUGUGUAAUGACCUGUAAAACAAGAAAAAUCAAUAAGCUAUUUGGCUAUAAAUAUGACUCUAUAACUCUCAAAAAAAUUAUGAUAUACCAGGGUAUAUGGUUAAGCGGGUCACUUAGUCAUAUAGAGAAAAUCUCUGAGACCGUAGUUACUACUUUAACUUAUGACUCAGAUGAUAAUUUUAGUGAUACCUCAGAUGAUACAGUUUAUUUUAAGGAAGAAGAAGGGACAAAUGAAUCGUCUGAAGAGGUCUCUAAAAAGUCUGAAGUAGAAGAAGUAUCAGACCCCAUUUCGAGAGGAUUCAAAUUCUCAGAAGAAAGUCAUCCACCUGUGUUAAAUAAUAUCGUAGGAGGUUGUGUUCUUAGAAACAAUAAACAUUUUAGAGGUUUUGAGGGUACUUAUGAAGAGUAUGUCAAAUAUAUUGGUAUGCGUCAUAUUGAGAAUGGUGAAACUCCAACUGAGUGGAAAAAUAGGAUUUGGAAUCGCCUAAUGUAUUUUCAAAAUAAAAAAUCUUAUACAUAUGGUGAGAAAGAUUGCUUUUAUACUCAUAAAGCAUUGCCACAUCUUGUUGAUAGACAAACAUACUCACCGACAUCUGAUCUAUUGGAUCAGUGGAUGAGUUUUCAUCAAAUAAUUCAAUUUGGUAAAUUCAGACGCAGAAAUCUAUAUACCAUUUUAACUGGUAAUUACAUUCUAAAUAAAUUUGGCAUUCAUGCUGACAAAAAAGUAUAUAGUUAUGCUUUAUGGUUAGAAAAUGUUACCUGA